AUGGCACCGGGGACAGAACCGGUGGUGGACGCCCGGUUCUGCGCGCCGCACGCGACGGCGUUCACCGUGACCAUCACCAACGGCUGGACUUGGCGCGACUUCACCGUCACCGACGACGCCCGCGAUGCGGUGGUGAUGCGGGUGAAGGCGGCGAUGCUGAGCUUCCGCAGCCGCUUCAGCCUCGUCGACGCCGUGUCGCGCCGCACGGUGGUCACCGUGCAGCGGCGCGCGCCGUCCCUGUUCAUGCCCGACGACCGGAGGUGGGAGGCGUUCAAGGGGGCCAGCACGAGCCCGGAGGAUCUGCUCUUGGAAGCCGUGGCGCAGCCCGCGCUGUUCAGCUGGGGCGAGGUCGACGUGCACCUCGCCGGCCGCGACCCCGGCGAGAGGCUCAGGCGGCGCGAGUUCGUUGUCGUCUGCCGCGGGCCAGAGUGCACCGUCCGCCGUCGCGGCUCCGCCGCUGCCGUUGCUAAGAUCGAGCACGCGUCGGAACAGCCCCUGGAGUAUAGCGUUAGUGUCAGCCCAGGCGUCGACCAUGCUUUCAUCCUGGCGCUCACCGUGAUUCUGGACGAGAUACGUCUCGAUGAAACUAGUUGA